GGCGGAUGUUGUUAUUACUACUUCCGGGUGAGACCACUCGGGCGCCAUCUUGUCUUGUUCGGGAAGAAGUAGAAGCAGCGAAAGGGUUGGAGGUAUUACAGGAACGGUGGCGGCAACCGUAUUCCGGAAUCACAGUGAGGCAUAAGUAAUUUUGCUGCUAUGCUUCCAAGCUGUAGUCUGAAUCUGUCUAAAUUUUAAACAGAAGGUGAAUCUCUAAGAAAAUCAAAUAUAUUUUUAAAGUCAGGAUGUGGGAUCAAGGAGGACAGCCUUGGCAGCAAUGGCCAUUGAACCAACAACAGUGGAUGCAGUCAUUCCAGCACCAGCAGGAUCCAAGCCAGAUUGAUUGGGCUGCAUUGGCUCAAGCUUGGAUUGCCCAAAGAGAAGCUUCAGGACAGCAAAGCAUGGUAGAACAACCGCCAGGAAUGAUGCCAAAUGGACAAGAUAUGUCUACAAUGGAAUCUGGUCCAAACAAUCAUGGGAAUUUUCAAGGGGAUUCAAACUUUAACAGGAUGUGGCAACCAGAAUGGGGAAUGCAUCAGCAACCCCCACAUCCCCCUCCAGAUCAGCCAUGGAUGCCACCAACACCAGGCCCAAUGGACAUUGUUCCUCCUUCCGAAGACAGCAACAGUCAGGACAGUGGGGAAUUUGCCCCUGACAACAGGCAUAUAUUUAACCAGAACAAUCACAGCUUUGGUGGACCACCCGAUAAUUUUGCAGUGGGCCCAGUGAACCAGUUUGACUAUCAGCAUGGGGCUGCUUUUGGUCCACCGCAAGGUGGAUUUCAUCCUCCUUAUUGGCAACCAGGACCUCCAGGACCUCCAGCACCUCCCCAGAAUCGAAGAGAAAGGCCGUCAUCAUUCAGGGACCGGCAGCGUUCACCUAUUGCACUUCCUGUGAAGCAGGAGCCUCCACAAAUUGAUGCAGUAAAACGCAGGACUCUUCCAGCUUGGAUUCGGGAAGGUCUUGAAAAAAUGGAACGUGAAAAGCAAAAGAAGUUGGAGAAAGAAAGAAUGGAACAACAGCGUUCACAGUUGUCCAAAAAAGAAAAGAAGACUACAGAAGAUGCUGAAGGAGGUGAUGGCCCUCGUUUACCUCAGAGAAGUAAAUUUGAUAGUGAUGAGGAAGAUGAAGAUGCUGAAAAUGUUGAGGCUGCAAGCAGUGGAAAAGUCACCAGAAGUCCAUCUCCAGUUCCUCAAGAAGAGCAAAGUGAACCAGAGAUGACUGAAGAAGAGAAAGAGUAUCAAAUGAUGUUAUUGACAAAAAUGCUUUUGACUGAAAUUCUACUGGAUGUCACAGAUGAAGAAAUUUAUUAUGUAGCCAAAGAUGCACACCGGAAAGCAACAAAAGGUGGACUGGGUGGUUAUGGAUCAGGAGACAGUGAAGAUGAAAGGAGUGACAGAGGCUCUGAGUCAUCUGACACUGACGAUGAGGAAUUACGGCACCGAAUCCGGCAAAAACAGGAAGCUUUUUGGAGAAAAGAAAAAGAACAGCAGCUGUUACAUGAUAAACAGAUGGAAGAAGAAAAGCAACAAACUGAAAGGGUUACAAAAGAGAUGAAUGAAUUUAUCCAUAAAGAGCAAAAUAGUUUAUCAUUACUAGAAGCAAGAGAAACAGACGGUGAUGUGGUUAAUGAAAAGAAAAGAACUCCAAAUGAAACUACGUCAGUUUUAGAACCAAAAAAAGAUCAUAAAGAAAAAGAGAAACAAGGAAGGAGUAGAUCAGAAAGUUCUAGUAGUGGUAGUUCCAGUAGCAAUAGCAGAACUAGUAGUACUAGUAGUACUGUCUCUAGUUCUUCAUACAGUUCUAGCUCAGGUAGUAGUCGCACAUCUUCUCGAUCUUCUUCUCCUAAAAGGAAAAAGAGACAUAGUAGGAGUAGAUCUCCAACAAUUAAAGCUAGACGUAGUAGGAGUAGAAGUUAUUCUCGCAGAAUUAAAAUAGACAGCAAUAGGGCUAGGGUAAAGAUUAGAGAAAGGAGAAGAUCUAAUAGAAAUAGCAUUGAAAGAGAAAGACGAAGAAAUCGGAGUCCUUCCCGAGAGAGACGUAGAAGUAGAAGUCGCUCAAGGGAUAGGCGAACCAAUCGGUCCAGUCGCAGUAGGAGUCGAGAUAGACGUAAAAUUGAUGACCAACGUGGAAAUCUUAGUGGGAGCAGUCAUAAACAUAAAGGUGAGGCUAAAGAACAAGAGAGGAAAAAAGAGAGAAGUCGGAGUAUAGAUAAAGAUAGGAAAAAGAAAGACAAAGAAAGAGAGCGUGAACAGGAUAAAAGAAAAGAGAAACAAAAAAGGGAAGAAAAAGAUUUUAAGUUCAGUGGUCAGGAUGAUAGGUUAAAAAGGAAACGAGAAAGUGAAAGAACUUUCUCUAGGAGUGGUUCUAUAUCUGUUAAAAUCAUCAGACAUGAUUCUAGACAGGAGAGUAAGAAAAGUACUACCAAAGAUAGUAAAAAACAUUCAGGCUCUGAUUCUAGUGGAAGGAGCAGUUCUGAAUCUCCAGGAAGUAGCAAAGAAAAGAAGGCUAAGAAGCCUAAACAUAGUCGCUCGCGAUCCAUGGAGAAAUCUCAAAGGUCUGGUAAGAAGGCAAGCCGCAAACACAAGUCUAAGUCCCGAUCAAGGUAGUAUACUUUUUAAAGUAUUUUGUCUGAUUUUUUUAAAAAUUUGACUGAAUUUAUUCAAACUUGAAAGUGUCCUUUCUCUCUCUCUUUAAUAAACUCAGAUUGGUACUUGAUAAAUGAUCAUAGUCUUAAAUAAUUUUAGAAAUAUAAUAUUAGUUAUUUAAAAAUUAGAUUCUUUAGUUUAAAAUACAUUUUUAUUUUUAAAUUUUGUCUUUCCCUUUUUUUCAGAUCAACAACCCCUCUCCGUCGUAAACGCUGAGGAAUGAUGUGGCAAGAAUGCCAUGAUGUUUAAAAAAUUCCAUGAGUUUUAAGGGCUUGUCUCAUUAUAGAGGCACAUUGUGGCUGUGUAGGUGAAACCAGAAUUUUUUUUUUUUAAUCUGUAAAUAGGUGUACUUUUUCCAAAUGCUGCUCCAUUAAUAGGAUUUCUUUGUAUUACUUUUUUUUUUUUUUUCAAAAAAAUAGUGCAAAAUAAGACUAUAAACAUGCCAUUCUCUUUCAGCUGUAAUAUUCUUAAAAUUAUUCUUGAAUGUACUGUGAUGUCAAUAAAGCUCUUUAGUUCAUUUUUGUUAACCUCUUGCACCUUAAUUUUAUGAUUUUAAUCUAAGGAACGUACUUUUAUAAAAGGCAGCUGGAACUUUGUAUAACAAGUUUUAAAGGUACUUCCUCCCAAAUCCCCCAAAGAAAAUGGUUUUAUCUUAAUAGUCUGUCAAAGUUUGUAAAUUUGUACCCAUGGAUUUUUGUCAAAUUCCAACUUUAAGGGUGUGGAAAAGGGCCAGAAACAGACAUUUACUUUUAAUUUGGAAUCAUUAGACAGCUUUCUAAACUUUUCCUAUUUAGGGGAUUUUCAAGUAAUAUAUUCUCUGUGUAUAAAGUAUGGUUCACUCCUGUAAAAUGAAAUUGCUGGAUUCAGUCAAGCCAGUGUACCAAUUGGAGUUAUUAUAAGGAAUGAUUGUGUUUGACUCUAUUAGUCAAGUCUGGAACUAUAUUCUGCAGUUACCCACUUCUGUUUUAGAAGUGUAUUUGAAACACUUUGGGGUUAUUACAGAAAUAAAACUCAAUUCAAUAUAUUUAUUUAUAUUUUUUUAAAGUAUAUGACCAGCUCAGUGGAGAAAUGCUGUAUUAUGCAGGCUGUGUCAGUCUCAUAAUUUGAAAUGGUUUUGUUUUGUUAGUUUCUUAAAAUUAGGCUCCAUGAGUGGUCUAGCAAUUUAAGGCAGUUAUAACUUAUGAGUAAAAUGAAGGCUCUACAGGCAUUUUAAUGCUCAGCUGCUUUCAGGGUUCAUUUUUAUGUGAUUAUUCACUUAUGCCACAGUAAUCAGAUAAGUCUCUAAAAACAAAUGCUUUUAAAUUUUAAUUUAAAAAGAGCAGGUGCAGGUCACAGAAAUGUUUUAAAGUAUGCCUUUUUACCAGCAAUAGUUAAUUUUAAAAUAAGCCAGAAUUUUGCCAAGAUCAGUAUUUCCUCAAAACGAAGAUGGAAAUAGAUUUGUAUAGUGUGCUCUUGUUACCUCUACAUAGUUCUUAAAUAAUUUUGAGCAGUUACGCAUUUAUCUAGAGGAAAUAAAUCAACUGUGAAUAAAUGCAUGUUUACCAAAAUGGUUGUUUUACAGUGCAUUCAGUUCUGAUAUUUAUGAAGUUGACAUUUCACAGAAUAACUUUUAAAUAGUUUAGAAUUCUGUAUAGUUUAGACAUCAGUCACAUCUGGAGACAAAAUAAAGGAAAGUGUGCAAUAUUUUUUAUGUAGGUGAGCUAACAUGGUAUACCUAAUUGUAGAAUUACUCAAUUAAUUUGUAAUAGAUAAGUUGUAUAACAUUUUCAUAUCUUAAAAUGUUUUUUAGAUCAAUCUUCAAGUGAAAUAAUAUUUUCAAAAUAAAAUUCUACGGAAAAGUUCUGCUGGCUAUGAUAUGCACAUUUUUGGGCAAGAUAUGAACUAGAGCCAAAAGCAGUAUUUGAAAGCUUUAUUUACUCUGCCAUAAUAUGCAAGCCUCUUAUUAAAUCUGUAGAUAUUUUUAAAAACACAA